AUGGCUCGACUAAGCAUCCUUGCUCUGUCAACUCUGCCAGCCAUAUGGGCACUUACCCACGAUGACGGUACCGGAAGACUGCCUGCCAUGGGCUGGAACAGCUGGAACGCGUACCACUGCGACAUCACAGAGGACAAGAUGAUGGCCGCCGCCAACGACAUCGUCCAAAAGGGCUUCCAAGCAGCUGGCUACGACUAUGUCAUCCUGGACGACUGCUGGUCUAUUCAGAGCGGUCGAGAUCCUAACACGAACCGUCUUCAGCCGAACACGAGCAAAUUCCCCGAUGGCAUCAGUGGUUGGGCUGACAAAGUUCACAAUCUCGGCCUCAAGACUGGCAUCUACAGCAGCGCUGGCGAGACCACUUGUGGUGGAUAUCCUGCCAGCUUGGGCUAUGAGACGAUUGACGCUGCUACGUUUGCGGAAUGGGGUAUUGACUACCUCAAGUAUGACAACUGCGGAGUCCCUUCCAUUUACGAUGAAUCUUGUUACAGCUGCAAUGCCGAUCCAACCUAUGCAACUAACCUGGUGAACGGGACAUGUCUCUACACCACUGUCCAAACUGGAGCCUCAAAUAUGAUGCCCAUUUGCCUCCCUGUUUGGCCCGUCGAUGGAAGAGACUACUCUCAGUCGAAUAGUUCGGAAAGAUACCGGGCUAUGGGAGAUGCACUUGCCGCCCAGAACAGGACAAUUCUUUUCAGUCUCUGCAAUUGGGGUACCGAUGAGGUUUAUACGUGGGCGAAUAACACUGGCAAUUCGUGGAGAAUGAGUAACGAUAUCCAACCCACCUGGGGCGAUGUUACCCGCAUUCUCAAUAUGAACUCGUUCCUCGGUGACUUUACGGACUUCUUUGGGCACAAUGAUCCUGAUAUGCUCGAAGUGGGCAAUGGAGAUUUGACGCCUGAAGAGACUCGCACUCACUUUUCGCUCUGGGCUCUGAUGAAAGCACCGCUUCUCAUUGGCACGGACAUCACGCAACUGAGUCAAGACAACAUCGACAUCUUGCAGAACCAGCAUUUGAUUGCGUUCAACCAAGAUUCGGUUUAUGGCAAGCCGGCUGUGCCUUACAAAUGGGGAAUAAACCCAGACUGGACAUACAACUCAACAAACCCAGCCGAAUUCUGGUCGGGCCCGUCAUCCAAGGGUACCAUGGUCGCCCUCUUCAACUCACUCAACGCAAGCCGAACAAUGACUCUCGACUACACUGAGAUUCCAGGGCUGACCUCUGGUUCCUACUCGGUGCUCAACGCAUGGACUGGCGAGGAUUUGGGCUGCAAGCAAGGUCCCUUCGACACGACUGUCAAUUCCCACGAUACUGCUGUCUAUCUCCUACAGAACGCAUGUUAG